AUGCCAUGGGCCAGCCUCGCGGGCGGUUACUCGGUCAUGUUAUUCCUUCAUUAUAUCGACAUCGGUUUGUUGAAACGCUGGGAAUCUCCACUAAUCAAGAAAUCUGACCCUUCUGGUGCAAAUUCGCGUAAUACGCCAACCUCAUCUUGGGUAGCCCUAUUGCGGUUUGGCAUCUGGGCGGCUUUCAAUGCACGAUGCAUCGGGACCCCUGAACAAGUGCACCAUAUCCCUAAGCCCACCACCCACGAUCGAACCGCAUUCAUGCGUCGCUCCGCCGGUUUUAUUCUUCUCGGCUACCUAACACUUGAUGCACUCGCGUCGACGGGCGAUCCUGAAGUGAGCUCUCGCUUCCUCGUUGCAUCUCGUGUGCCAUUCUUUCGGCGGUUAUCCGAAAUCGCAACGGAAGAGAUCGUCAUUCGGGUCUUUUCCACCCUGGCUGCAGGGAUAGGCCUGUUAUCGAGUCAAGGCGGAUGCUAUCAUCUCUUCGCACUCAUUAGCGUUGUUAUGAAGUGGAGUGAGCCGCAGGAGUGGCCCCCCUUCUAUGGAUCACUGUCAGAGGCGUAUAGCUUACGAAGACUAUGGAGUCGCGUGUGGCACCAAUCUAAUUCUCACAAAUUCCGCGCGAUAUCUCGAUUUUUGGUCCGCGAUGUCUUUAGCUUCCAACCAGGUACACUCGCGGAUCGAUAUGCGAAGAUCGUGAUGGUUUUCGCGGCCUCAGCUGUCAUGCACUUUCUCAUCGAUCUGUCGGCGGGGCUGUCGAUAUCUACCUCAGGGGCCGCGCAGUUCUUUUGCACGCAGGCUCUCGGUAUGAUGAUAGAAGACUUAGUAGUCAUUGUUUACUUCGCUCUACGCGGCGACAGACCCUCCCGCGAUCGGCCGGCAUCGCGUGGAGAACGGAUCAUUGGCUUUCUUUGGGUUGGAAGCUUUUUGGUUUGGUCGUUUCCGGCGUAUAUCUAUCCAAUGUUGUAUCGCUCUAACUCGGGUCUUGAUGACUCGGUGGUUCCUGUGAGCGUGGUCGGGCUGUUGCAGGGGCUGUUCUGA